CCGUUCAUUCAUUCGAAUCCCCGGCCGAUCGAACCGACUCGCCCCCCUCCGCUCUCGUCUCUCUCGCCAGUCACCACGCGCCACCCGCUACUCCUCCUUCUUCUUCCUCGAGUUCGCCGUCUCGCCAUCGAUCCUCGGCGCGUGCUGCGUUCCUGUGGGGAGGAGCGAUUAAGAGCCUUCGAUCGAUCUCCGGCUUUGGUCUAUUGGCGGUGGCUGACUGCUCGCGUGCGGUAGCGGACUGCGGACGCCAUGGUUUCCUUCGUCAUGAGUGACCGCAAGAAGAUUGGAUUGGGCUUGACUGGGUUCGGAGUUUUCUUCUCGUUUCUUGGGAUCAUCAUGCUGUUUGACAAGGGGUUCCUGGCAAUGGGGAAUAUUCUCUUCGUGUCUGGUGUUUCACUAACCAUUGGACUGAAGUCAACCGUUCAAUUCUUCACCAAGCCUAAGAAUCACAAGGGUUCGAUCGCUUUUGGGGUCGGCCUUUUCCUGGUCCUUAUCGGUUGGCCUAUCUUGGGCAUGAUGGCUGAGUUGUAUGGCAUUGUCGCGCUAUUCAGUGGCUUCUGGCCUACUGCUGCUGUUUACCUGCAAAAGACCCCCACCUUCGGUUGGAUUUUCCAGCACCCUUUUGUGACUUCGUUGCUCACUCGGUUCAGAGGAAGACGAGUCCCCGUGUAAUCGCCAGGCUGCUGAAACAUUCCCGGAGAAUGCCACCACGCUCUGUUAAAUAGUAGAUGGACAAGUGUUUUUGCUCGUUUGUUGAUGGAUGUGAAUCUUGCUGUGCUACUAUCAAUGGAGUUUCUGCAGAUCGCUUGACUACGUCAUUUUUUUUGUUUGUACAAAGCAUUUCUUAGUACCUGCGAUUUGUGAAGGAGGCAAAGAGCUAAAGCUGAUACCUCAUUUCUGGAUGAUGACGGGUGGGAGGGAAUGCUGAAUUGGUUUGCAGACCAGUCAUUUUUUCCUGCUAUAUUUUUCUUAGUCAUGGAUUUUAGUUCCAGUGCUCUGUUUCAAAAGAAAUAAAAGAAGAAUUUUAAUUCAUGCA